CUGUAUAAUAUAUAUAUAUAUAUAUGCGAGAUUAGAAAUGGAAAUACUACUAGGGCGGCCAUCCCCUGUAACUGCUACUUGUAUGUCUGUAAUGCUCCCAAAACUGAGCUUCAGCUGCGCCAAUGGUGGUGUGGGCAGUGGGUUGGCUGUAAACCCUAACUUUUGCUUUGUUUUCGAGAAAAAUGGCCACUCUUUGUCCCCGUCUUCUUCUCGGAAAAUAUCUCUGAGGCUCAGCAAAUCGGCGAUUGUAACCGCCAAGAAGAAUGAUAAGAAGAGCGACGCUCAUAGCUUUGCGCCUAAACCUGACGAAGCCACCGGCCCAUUUCCCGAAGCUUUGCUGCUCAAAGAGAAGAAAGUUCAAGAAGAUGGUAGGCUUCUCCCUGAGUUUGCAGAUGCUGAAGAACAGGAGCUCUUUGAACAACUAAAUCUUCAACUGGAAAGUGACUUGAAGGUAGAACUAAUGCGCCAUUAUGAAGUGGUUUAUUUGAUUCACGAGAACUGUGUGAAAGAGGUUGAUAACGUGAAUACAAAAGUUCAAGACUUCAUAAAAGAGAAGAAUGGCAAGAUUUGGAGAUUCAGUGACUGGGGUCUUCGAAGACUGGGAUACCAGAUCAACAAAGCGAAAAAGGCCCACUACAUUUUGAUGAACUUUGAGUUGGCAGCCAAUUGGAUCAAUGAUUUUAAGAAUAUGUUAGACAAAGAUGAGAGAGUCAUUCGCCAUCUGGUGAUGAAGAGGGACAGGGCAGAAACAGAGGAUUGUCCUCCUCCUCCAGAAUUCCAUACAUUACGUGCUGGUAUUGAUGACGAUGAUGAUUAUAAUAUGGACGGGGAUUAUGAUGAUGAAGAUGGUGAGGGUUGGAAUGAUGAAGGUGAGGAUGAUGAGGGUGAGAUAGAUAUGGUUGGCAAUGACGAUGACACCCACGAAGGGAUUAUCUAUGUGGACGAUUUCAUCGAUGAGCACAGUGAAAGCAAAGAUAGUAAUAAGAAGAGUAAUGUAGCAGGUAGCAAGGGAAGAAUGAAACAGAAAGCUAAGCCUGUAAGUAGAUAGUUUCUUUACAUAUUUGUGUUGCUAUGAAUGAAAUUAUAUUCUAAAACAUUCAUACUUAUCAGACCAA